CACAGCAAUCAACCCACAAGACCCGAUGGGCCCCGAGGAGGGCGCGGCGAGGCCCGGCCGCUUCUUCGGCGUCUACCUGCUCUACUGCCUGAACCCUCGGCACCCGGGCCGCGUCUACGUCGGGUUCACCGUCAACCCUGCUCGUCGGGCCCAGCAGCACAACGGAGGCCGCAAGAAAGGCGGGGCCUGGCGCACCAGCGGGCGCGGGCCAUGGGAGAUGGUGCUCAUCGUGCACGGCUUCCCUUCCGCCGUGGCCGCCCUUCGGGUAAGAAAGGCGAUGGGGGCGGCGGGAGGACGGGCUGGGGCUGGAGCUUCCCCGCGCGAUGGGUGA